CUGAAAUUAUUCUAGAACUACUUCAUGAAGCCGCAAUCGGUCAUCAAUGUUACCUCAUUCUAAUCGAUAACAACGAUCUAUAUGCAGGUCCAGGUCCCACUCUCCUUCUCAUAAAAGAAAUUAUAGACAUUCCAAUAGACAUUCUAGGACAUCUAACAGAAGUGAUAGGA